AUGAUUUUAAAUUUUGAUAUGAAUUGUUAGGCUUAAUAAUAAGGUUAAAAGUCUGAAAAAGGCACAAUAACUUAAGAUAUUUAAAAAGAGAGACAAUUUAUAAUUUAAACUUGGAAAAGUUAGAAUAUAUAAAAAUAAAAGAUCAUUUGUUAAUAAGAUAACAUAUAAACACCAAGAAAUAAUGCAAAAAAAUAAAUACUUUUUGGUCAUAAGAAAUCUAUAAAUCUUACUUCUGAACGUUCUACUUAAAUGUCAACUGAAACAGAAUUAUUUAAUGACAAAAUCAUUGUCGAAAAUUAAGAAAGAAUGCAAAUUUUACAAAAGUUAUAGAACAUUCGUCUGUAAAAUGUAAUUAUGAAAUCGAAAACAAAGUCAUCAAACGAUCUCUAUAAAGAAUACUAAUAAGAAUAAAAUAAAAAAUUAGAAACACAGAAAGUUAUUCUUAGUGAAAAAUUAAGAUUGUAUUCAUAUAAUUUAUAAACUAAGCUGUCAAAAUGAGAUGGAUCAAUAAAAAUAAAGUUUAUUGAAUAGUGAAAUGAAUUUAUAGGAAAACCAAAAGGAAUUAGAGGUUUUGAAAGAACAAUUAUAAUUCGUUAAAGAUUCGAUAUUAUAGAUUAAAAAUUAAAAUAUAAACAGGACUAAAGAAAUAACUUGUAAAAUGUAAUUAAAUUAAAUGAAAGAAAAAUAGUUAUUAAUAUAAAUAGUAUAAUAUAUUGAAUCUUUAUAAGAUCAAUAUAAUAAUCACUUGUAUGAAUUUAAAGAUUACUUAUUAUUAUUAAAACUAAACAUUAAUUCGAUAAGACUAGAUUAAGAAUAUGAUAUAAAUUAAUGA